ACACACACACACACACACACACACACACACACACACACACACACACACACACACACACCACUAUACACCAUUCACAUUUGUGUCUACUUUGAGUGUUAUGAACUAUGGUCAGGUUUUUAUGUGACAAAAAUCCUUGCAUGACCCACACUGGGAGACAAAGACACUUUCCAAUACCUAACAACAUUGGACAACAAUGGAAAGAAGUCCAGAACGUUUUCAAUGACACUGUCUGAUAUUUUGCAUUUUAUAAAUGUGCUAGAAUGUUGCCAUCAAACCAAACCAGAAAUGUCCACUUGAGUCAGUUUUAGGGAAAAACUGACUCUCUAAUUAGUAUGGUGUUGAAACGCAAUUUGCUGCUGUCUUCAUCUGUCCACACCCAGUAACACUGGGCUGAUUAGGAUGUUAUUAAUGUCCUACUGGUUGGUCAAAACAAGCCCCACUAAAGGCUUUAGGCUAUAUGAAACAAUAGAAAAUGUGCGCACACAUUUGUGUAUUCACAAUUCUUGGGGCGCAUUCAUGGGCGUGCAGCUGUGAUUAGUGCAUGUCAGUGGCACUAUGAGUAUUGUAAUGGAUGAGGCAGGCAUGAGGUCCCCAGUGAGAGACUCAUGGUGUAUAAAACCAGCUUGUUCUGGGACGCAAACAGCUACUCCGAACACUUGGAUGUACAUCUACCACAGCACCUGGCACUGGACUGGGAGGAAGAUUUUUGCCUUCAGUUCUGCGUUGUGUCGCAAAGUUGUGGGUUUGAUUCUCUACUGGUCUUGAUGUAAUGACAAGAGUUGCUACUUUUGAUCAGAAGUGGAAGAACGGACUGAAGUGAACAGAAAUAUUAAAGACAAAACGGCAAAUUCAUUCAUAUUAUUUACCUUGUAAAUGUACAAAAUGAUGGAUGGUCCUCAUAUGCCUCAGACCUGUGAAGUAUCUCUGCCCUGCUGUACAGAUGGGGGGUCCCUGUCGAGCGUUAAGGCCCCCCAAGUCAGUGGGGUCAGAGUUCAGCUGGAGAUGCAUGCACUUUGGCAGCAGUUUGACCAGCUGGGCACAGAGAUGAUUGUUACCAAAGCUGGAAGGAGGAUGUUUCCAACAUUCCAGGUUCAAAUCUCCGGGAUGGAUCCUACUGCUGAAUAUGUCCUGCUCAUGGACUUUAUCCCUGUUGACAAUAAAAGAUACAGAUAUGCGUUCCACAGCUCAUCCUGGUUGGUGGCAGGGCGAGCGGAUGUUGUAGCCCCAAGCAGGAUGCAUUUCCACCCAGACUCACCUGCCCAUGGAGCCCAGUGGAUGAAGCAGACCGUAUCCUUCGACACUCUCAAGCUCACCAACAACCUGCUGGAUGACAAUGGACAUAUGAUAUUGAACUCCAUGCAUCGCUAUCAGCCACGCUUCCAUGUGGUGUAUGUAGAUCCAGCUCCCAACAGUCACUUAAACGCAUACAGGAACUUCUGCUCUUUUUCCUUCCCUGAGACACGCUUCAUGGCCGUCACUGCCUAUCAGAACCACCGGAUCACCCAGCUAAAAAUUGCUAGCAACCCAUUCGCCAAAGGCUUCAGGACUACAGACCCCCAGGACAGAGUGGGUUAUUCGGGACCUCUGGCAGUGUGGUGUCCACCAGAGGGCAGAGCUGAACCCCUCACCAACAAACUUGGAGAGCAGGGAAGCUGGGGCUCAAAGACUUCAAACAGACAGGAGGACCCAGCCCCACUGUUGGUGGAGCAGUGUGGACUGUUCCACCACUGUAAAGACUCUGUGGGACUCUGUGGGAGCAAAGAUGGGGAUAGUGUAUUAGCACCUGCUUCCUUCAUUCCUAUUCCAUCCUACUGGGAUUGUCCAGGAUCAUCUCAAGAGAGAGACAGUCUGUCAUAAAGAGAAGCAAACUGACUGAACUUGAAUUCAAUUUGAUCUACUGCUUGCUUCCUCAUUUUAAAGCAUUCAUAAUUUGUUUAUAGUUUGUGGUCUCACUCACAAAAUUAAUUUAUAGGGAUGCUAUGCAUUAUGCAAGUGUUUCAUCAAAAUCCAAGCGUCUAUGGCAAUAUGAUAGAUGUACAGCAAUGAUGCAAUGUGCUAUAAAUAAUAUAUAGCAUACAGUAAGGGCACUUCAUAGCAAAGUACUAUAGAUUACAGCAAUGAUACAGUGGUGCUCCUACAAACUCACAGGUGAGAAAAACAAACAGUCAAUUUGGUUAUUAACUAUAGU